AUGCAAGAGUUUCUAGACCAGCUGGAUCAGAGUGCCGAGGAUCAGGUCAGAAAGAACAAGGCUGUGAGGAUCUCCAACGUGGCAAACAGCUCGUUGGGCGUGGUCAGCGGCGCGCUGUCCAUUGCCGGGCUAGCGCUUAUCCCUAUCACGGCUGGUACGUCGCUAGCUCUGAGUAUGACCGGACUAGGUCUCGGUCUAGUCAGCUGGGCCAACUCUGCAGUAGCCACCAUCGUGGAUUACAAACUGGAGCAGAAGUCUUUGAAAAAGACCAGUGAGCUGAUAGAGAACUUCAUGGAGGACGCGCAGUGUCUGGAUGACGUUGCCAGCAAAACCGGGCAACUGAACGCUGCUGUCAGCGAAGUACUCUGCGAGGUGCAUGCCGUCCGAAGAGUCGGAUUGGUCCCAGACGCCACAGCUGCUUUGAAGACCCCCAAACGCAGCAAGGAGGUGGCCACUAGGGUGGGCAAGGUGGUUGUCGUGGGCGGGAAAGCGCUACGCAACGUCCACAAGGUGGUGGCGGACGCUCGGAGCAUGGGCCAAGCCGCCCUCAAGGGCUCGAUGGCCGCAUCUCGCGCCGCCAAGGCUGGACUCAUCCCGCUCAACGGACUCUUCAUUGGUAUCGAUAUUGGCAUCAUCUGUACGAACAGUGUGUCUCUAGCCAGAGGCUGCGAAACCAGAGUGUCGAACUUUCUCAGAGCCAGGAGUGCCCUGUGGCGAGCGGAGAUGGAAUCGUGGCAGAGGAUGUCAGAGUCGUUGGUGCGGGGAUUGGCAACUUUUGAAGAGAAACGGGCCGUCCUCGAGGCACCAUUUUACCAUGCUAACAAGAGGAAUGAACGGCAACGUUGUGUUACUCAGUAG